AUCAUCUUCUUCCUUAUUAGCUCUGCAAAACACUUGUGCCCAUCUCUCUCUUAAAAAAAAAUGAAGCUCUCUACUCGUUUGAUCUCAGCUGUUCCCCUAUUGUUCAUGCUCCUCAUUGCCACAGGGAUGAUGGGUCCGGUCACGGUGGAGGCACGUGUGUGUGAAUCGAGUAGCCAAUUGUUCAAUGGACCGUGUCUGAGCACAACCAAUUGCGCCAGUAUUUGCCACAGUGAAGGUUUUACGGAUGGUGACUGCCAAGGAUUCCGACGUCGCUGCAUCUGCAACAGACCAUGUUGAUCGAUGAUCUAUAUAUAUAUUAUAUAUAUAUAUAUAUACAAUGAAUACGCUCUGAAAAAGAAAAACUUGAUUAUAUAUAUCUUCUCUGUCUCUUCGAUCAUUUUCUGUUGUUUCCUUGUAAUUUCUUAUCGUUUGUCUUUGAAAUAAAUAACACAAUACGGUAUCUAAAUCUUCAAAGUUUGUAUGUUUUCUAUACAGUAUGUGUAUGCCUA